AUUAUUUAAUUUGUACUUUAUAAUUUGUCCAGCUGGACAUUUGGUAAAUAAUCCAUAUAUGAGUGAUUAAUUCGGUUAAUAUGUACAACACACGCACUGAAAUUGAACCUUUUAAAUUGUUUGUCGUACAAUAUAUUACGAUCCAGUUUCUAUAAAAACGUAUAAUCUUCGUCUUAUGCAGAGAAUCCCAAUAAAGCUCUCUACACGUUGAAACCACCCUUCCAUUUAACGACACUUAAAUUCAAUCCUCGCGAUCCUGUGAUGUUAGUCAGUGGUCUAGUAUCUGGCCAAGUGUGUUACUGGGAUAUUCGAAGCAAUGAAAAACCCAUGGAAACGUCUCAUCCUUACACCAGUCACAGAUAUCCAGUGACUCAGACCCUUUGGAUCCCUUCCAAGGUUAACACCGACUUCUUCUCUUGUUCUACCGAUGGCACAGUUUUAUGGUGGGAUGCCAGAUUUAUGAAAAAGCCAACAGAAACUUUAGUGAUGGACCUCGAGCAGCCACAAAGAGCAGACAUUUACAAAGCGGUCGGUGUCACUGCCCUGCAGUUUGAACAGACGAUGAGCAGUAAAUUCCUAGCUGGUACCGAGGACGGCAUAGUUGUGAAUGUAAAUAGGAGAACCAGCAAUCUCGUGGAAAAAUUGGCGAUUAGAUUCCAAUGUUACACGGGACCGGUUAUCGCGAUCGACCGAAAUCCCAUUUAUACGAAGAAUUUCUUAACCAUUGGCAACUGGUCGGCCAAUAUAUGGGCAGACGACACGAAGGAAGGAAAUUUGCUCUGUACUAGUGACAAAUACAUUGAUCUGAGCGGUGGUUGCUGGAGUAAAGCCAGAUGCUCCGUAUUCUUCACCAUAAAUAAAGAAGGCUUACUGGAAGCGUAUGAUAUAUUGGCAGGUAUCAAGACACCAUUGACUAAUAUUCACCUGUGUAACGAUAGCCUGACAGCGAUUAGCUCCCACGAAGAGGAUGGAUUUCUUGCUGUCGGAAGUAGUAACGGUAAUGUAUACCUACUGGAGUGUACGGAAGACCUUGCAACGUUCACGAAAGAAGACAAAGCCGCUUUGAGUAGCUAUCUGGAAAGGUGUAGUCGAUAUGAAAAGGCGAUUGACAGUCGUUUGAAAGAAAUACGCCUGGGUCAUCGUGUCUCCAAAGAUGUCGGUAUACAGGAGUCAAAGGUGAAAAGCAAGAAGAAGGAGAAGGAUAGAAAGAAAGAAAAGGUCUCCAUGGAGAAAGAAAGACUGGAAGACCGGAAGAAAUCGAGAGCCUCGAAACCGAAAGGAAAGUCUAGCGUCAAGAUGACCUAUCCUGAACACAACAAAGCGCAGAUGGAAUAUUUCGACAAAAUAAAACAGAUAUCCGCGCGAUACAUGGAACUCGACGAAGCCGACGUGCAAGCAGCGCAGGAAAUAUUAAAGGAAAGAAUAGUAACGAAAUACAUGGAAAUGGAGGUGGAAUCCGAGAAAGAAGACGUAAAGAAACAACGAUCGAUCAAAAGGUUCAAAAGUAGAAUAAGGACUGCAAAAAGUAUAUCGAAGAUCGGAGAAAAGGAAGAAGAAGUAGAUAUUGCGGAUGUCGAUCUAGAUUCGAUAAGAAUAAAGGACAAAAAGCAACGAGCGAAAAAGAUCCUGAGAAAUAGUUGUGCGAACCAAGUGUGCAAGCCGGAAAUUUGUUGUGCAGAUAUAGAAGAGAAACGAAGAUCAAAAAGAAGGAAGAAAACGGACAAAGUGGUAGAAGAAUCUCCCGAAAAAAGCAGAUCGUUCAUCAUAGAUAAUAAGUGGUUCAGACGAUUAACCGACUAUAUCGUUCAAAUUCCUCAACCUUCGCGCGCGUUCAAGAGAAAAAUCUUGGCGCUGAAGAAUACUCCGCCGAACGUACUUCGAAAAGAAUUGGUUGAAGCCAAGAAGGAAAUGCGUGCUUGGCAGGAAACUGCAAUCGCAAGAAAGCUCGCCUCUUGGGCCGUCGAGAGGAAACUCGAGAAGGAGCCCAAGAAACUACCCGAAAUCAAGCUGGAAACGACGGAAGAGCGUCAGGAGGAAGCUGAGGAACAUUUGAUCAAAACGGACGAGUCGGUCGUGGAAUUUGGGAAAAAAAAUGACGCGAAAAUCCAUCCAAAAAGGAGCUUGCGUAAAUUCAAAAAGUUGAAAUUGACGGAAGAGGAGAUCGAAAUGGAAAAGAAGGAGAAACAGAUGGAACUGUGGAACUUGUUGAAACAAAAAGUUCAGGAGUACGAUGAACAGCAUAGCAGGAAGGUGUUUUAUCCUCGAAUAUCUACUGCGUUCGUGAGAAUGUAUUCUGAAGAGAUGCUUGACGAGAAGCCCGGGAAGAGAAAAUAUUAA